AUGCCUGUUGUAACUUGGUUAUCAGAAGUAUCGAAAGAUGUAACAGAAAAAAAUUUCAUUCAUUGGGAUCAUUCGAAAACAAAACUAAAUAUUCAAUAUCAACAAAAUCUCAUUCGAAAUAAAUUACAACGGUUAGAAAUUAAUUUAUACAAUUAUUUACAACGAUAUUCAUCAAAUUUAAAAAUGAACGAUGAUAAAAUGUCUUUUGAACAAUGGAUGAAGAUUAUAUGCAAUGCUCUUGUUGUUCUCAUGCAAAAUGGUUUGCAUCAUUUCAAUACAAAUUUUGAACAGAAGAAAAUCUUAUUUACGUAUAAUAUCAAUGAUGCAAAUCUUGUCAAAUCAUUCUAUGAUUUAAAUCCAAUAGAAGAACAGGUUUAUUCUACUCAACAAAUUUGGCGAUCAAAAUUAAGAGCAUGUGAGAAGGUCAUUAGUCAACAAAAGAAACGUUAG